CAGCAUGCUCUGAUCACUGUUCUGUGACUGUUUGAGUAGCCCUGUGAAAAGCCUCUCCUACCAGGUCUCACCUCCACUUUCCUCACUGCUCCCCCAGCAUCCGAUGGCAAAGCAUGACCCAAACGAGCUCCCUCCUCCAUACUACUCUGUUGAGGUGCACACCCUCCCACCCCUCCAGUCCUAUGAAGAGGUAGUCUAUGGAGCGGGUCCAAGGCACACUCCUCCCAACCAGCUAUACUACAUCCCCCAGCACCCCCCAACAGUGGCUUCGCAGCACGUCUGCCAGCCCAGUAUAUCUCUUCCUGACAAGAAGAAUAAAUACAAAUGCUGCCACCAUCGUGCCAAGUGCUUUGGUGGGUCAGGAGGCAUCGUUCUGUUGCUCCUGGCCAUUGCCAUCUGGCUCGGAGUGCGUUACGGUACCAGGUUGGCAACAGCGGCUGCCAUCCGCGACCACCAUGAUGAUGAGGGGCGCUAUGAGAAGCUGUUGAGCGUGCCCGUGUAUGACACCUGCUCCAACUCCACCGUCCAAUGUGACGCUCUGCGAGACUGCCAACUGGGCACCGACGAGUCCAACUGUGUGAGGUUUGGGGCGAAUGGUGCUCUACAGGUCAGAACGUUUCAGGAUGGUCGUUUCCUCCCAGUGUGUUACCAGGGAUGGGACCACAGCUAUGCCAACCAAACCUGUGCACAACUGGGCUUCAGAAAGUCCUUUGCAACCAAGGCAGUGAAAUCCCAGCAGUCCAUUGGUCUAACCCUGAACAACAGAUCGUCUUUACCCAUCCAGGGCCAGGUCAACGUCAGCUCGUCCUGCCCUGACCAGAACACAGUCUCUCUGCAGUGUAUUGAUUGUGGGCGUCAGCACUUGACCUCCCGGAUCAUAGGGGGCACUGUUGCCAAGCUGGGCCAAUGGCCCUGGCAACUCUCUCUACAUUUUGGUGGAUCACACAUCUGUGGAGGGGUCCUGGUGUCCCCUGACUUUGUGUUGACGGCUGCCCACUGCUUCCCCAGGUCUUUCCCCCCGGUUCUUGAUGCCAGUAGGUGGCGUGUGUACGGAGGAGUGGUAUCUCAAGACAAGCUUCCUUCUCCCUACCUCGUAGAGAAGAUCAUCGUGAAUGAAAAAUACAACAACAUAACCAACGACCAGGACAUUGCCAUACUGAAGCUGGCCUCACCAGUGGAUUUCACUAAUGCAGUUCAGCCUGCCUGUUUGCCAGCCUUUGAUCAGACAUUCCCCAAUGGAACCAAAUGCUGGACCUCGGGAUUCGGAACAAUAGAUAAGGCGGCAGCAAAACCGUCCAAAGACCUGAUGGAGGUGACCGUUGACAUCAUUGACGUGCGUGUCUGUAACAGCUCCAAAGUAUACUCCGGCAGUGUGUCCAACAACAUGCUGUGUGCCGGAGAUCUCAACGGGGGCAGGGACUCCUGUCAGGGAGACAGUGGUGGUCCUCUGGUGUGCCAGGCCAGUGACAACCUUUGGCAGCUGGUGGGCGUGACCAGCUGGGGCAGCGGCUGUGGGAAGAGUAACAGGCCAGGGGUCUACACCAAGGUGUCCAGCCUACUGCCCUGGAUCUACAGCAAGAUGCAGCUGGAGAGUCCUUGAUGCCACUUCCUUUCAAUUGACCUCACCACAUCCUGUCUCUAAAGACCGCUGGCAGCCUGCUUUCUCCUUCCUCUCUGAACAUCGCACCAUGAAGUCCUCUCAGAAUGAUACUAGAUUGACAGAUCAAGAUAGAUAGAUAGAUAGAUAGGAUAGAGCAUAGUUCUUGUGUUCUUGUGUUCCUUUACUGUACCUUCUAAAAUCACAAAAUGCAUUUUGUUUACUGUAGUUAUGGCCAAUGGCUGCUACAGUAUGUAUAAUAUGUGAAUCUACACCAAUACAUUCUGUGCACUGAUUCCAGUUUUGUGUUUAAAUUAUUAUAAUUCCCAUCGCAUUUUCUAUCUUACGGUAAGUAUAUUUAUGAUAUUUUCCUGAGAUAGGAGGUUCUAAGAUGGCUGGCCUUUCUCUUUUUUUAAGUCUAUGCACCCAUCAUAUUCACUCAUGCCUCCCAUAUCUCCUAUGUUUUAAAAAAAAUGUCUUUCAACAAUUUUGGGGGAGACUGCAUGCUUAUUUUUGUAGAGAUGCAAUGUUCUUUGUGAUGCAUCUCCAGAAAUUAUUUAGUGUGAAUUAUGUGAAACUCAUAGGAAAGAAAGGAGUAUAACUACUUUAAUGGUCUGUCCCUUACUCACAGCUGCACAGGACUCCUUUCUAGUCUCUUUCUUAUUGUUGACUAAGGUGGAUAUCACCUUUUAGUGCAAUAGUAUAAUAUUUUUACCCUACCCUCCCUGAACGCUUGAAAAAAUACAAUUGACCCUCCCCUAUACCCAAAAUAAUAAUUAAAACAUAAAGUGGAUAGCAGGGAACAUGCCUACCAUUUACCCUCACUCCUAGGACAGACCAGAGCCUUAGAUAAGCAGUUUUAGAAACUUUUCUUAGUUUUGUAAGCAUUACAUGGCAAAGUACCCAGAAGGCUGUGGAUUCGCAGACCACCCCGGAUAAGGGUAGGGUUGAAAAUAUAUCCAUUAUAAUAAAAGCACCUCGUGAAUCUAU